AUGAUGUUGCCGGAAAACGAAGAUUUAACUAACCCAGGCCCCACCACUAGAACGGACCAGCUGGAAUUCAUGCUGACAAAAGUGCUUGUAGAGCUCGGGAUCAUAAAUAUGAAUUCUGCAACCCCCAAACACCGCAACAGUUCGAGAUCACACCAUCGUUCGCGCUCAUCGUCACGUUCGCGUUCCCGAGACCGACAUCAACGAGAAGGCGACACCUUCUGGUACCACUGGCGCUUUGGAGAAAACGCCAGAAAAUGCGAAAAGCCCUGCAGGUUCAGAAGCGGGAAACGACGGGGUCAGUCCUUGAUGGCGACCGACGACGAAAGCCACACCUUCAGCCGAUUAUUCGUCGCCGAUCGUCACACAAAAUUUCGGUUCCUGAUCGAUAUCGGAGCUGACUUGUGCGUCUUCCCACAUUCAAAACUGCCAAAACCGCGAGCACAGUCUAAUUACGAACUCUCCGCGGCAAAAGGCACAACCAUCGCUAUAUCCAUUAUUGGUGCCGACUUCCUAGCCCAUUACGGACUCCUGGUAGACAUCAAAAUUACCCGACUUUUGGACCAAAUCACUCAUCUCACCUCCCGUGGAGAGGUGGUCGUGUGUGAGUCCCAAACAAUCAAAACGAUCGCCGGAUCAUCACCAUACCACCAGCUCCUGCAACGAUUCCCGGAAAUAACGCGACCUAACGGUACAGUUGAAGUUGCUAACCAGGCUACGAAACACCAUAUCGUAAUCAUUCCUGGACCGCCGGUCGCGCAAAAACCGCUACGACUCGCGCCCGACAAGUGUGAAUUUGAACUCAUGAUGCACAUGGGUAUCGCCCGCCCAUCGCAGAGUUCAUGGUCGUCACUCCUACAUGGGGACGAGUGGAAGCCGUGCGGGGACUACCGCGCACUCAACGCCAGAACAAACCCAGAUCGCUACCCGAUACCGGUCGCCGAAGAAGGUAUUUCGAAAACAGCCAUCACGACACCCUUCGGGCUAUUUGAGUUUAUGUGCAUGACUUUCGGGUUACCCAACGCGGCGCAGACCUUCCAGCGCUUCAUUGAUGAGGUACUACAAGAUUUUGACUUCUGCUACGCGUUCAUCGAUGACAUCCUCGUCGUAUCGACGUCCCCGGAAGAACAUCUCCAACACCUCGAAACACUUUUCCAGCGACUGCAGAAAUACGGAGUUGUUGUCAAUCCGGCCAAGUGUGUUUUUGGAAAAAUCGAAGUAAAAUUUCUCGGUAUCUAA